GCGGUCGGCAAGCUGGCUCCCCGGGUGGCCACCGGGACCCCCGAGCCCAAUGGCGGGGGCGGCAGCAAAAUCGACAGCACUGUAGAGAUCACUCCCAGCCCCAACGGAGUCGGGACCCUCGGAGAUGCGGUGCCCACGGAGCAGCUGCAGGGUGAGCGGGAGCGCGAAAGGGAGCGGGAGGGGGAGGGCGACGCGGGCGGCGACGGAAUGGGCAGCAGCCUGUCGCUGGCCGUGCCCCCCGGCCCCCUCAGCUUUGAAGCGCUGCUCGCCCAGGUGGGGGCGCUGGGCGGCGGCCAGCAGCUGCAGCUCGGCCUCUGCUGCCUGCCCGUGCUCUUCGUGGCGCUGGGCAUGGCCUCGGACCCCAUCUUCACCCUGGCGCCCCCACUGCACUGCCACUACGGAGGCUUCGCCCCCAACGCCUCCGGCUGGGAGCAGCCCCCCAACGCCAGCGGCGUCAGCGUCGCCAGCGCGGCCCUAGCAGCCAGCGCCGCCAGCCGCGUCGCCACCAGUACGGACCCCUCGUGCAGCGGCUUUGCCCCGCCGGACUUCAACCAUUGUCUCAAGGACUGGGACUAUAACGGUCUGCCGGUGCUCACCACCAACGCCAUUGGCCAGUGGGAUCUAGUGUGUGACCUGGGCUGGCAGGUGAUCCUGGAGCAGAUCCUCUUCAUCUUGGGCUUUGCCUCUGGCUACCUGUUCCUGGGCUACCCGGCGGACAGGUUUGGCCGUCGAGGGAUUGUGCUGCUGACCUUGGGGUUGGUGGGCCCCUGUGGAGUGGGAGGGGCUGCCGCAGGCUCCUCCACAGGUGUCAUGGCCCUCCGAUUCCUCCUGGGCUUUCUGCUUGCCGGAGUUGACCUUGGUGUCUACCUAAUGCGCCUGGAACUGUGCGACCCAACCCAGAGGCUUCGGGUGGCCCUGGCAGGGGAGUUGGUGGGGGUGGGGGGGCACUUCCUGUUCCUGGGCCUGGCCCUUGUCUCUAAGGACUGGCGAUUUCUUCAGCGAAUGAUCACCGCUCCCUGCAUCCUCUUCCUGUUUUAUGGCUGGCCUGGUUUGUUUCUGGAGUCUGCGAGGUGGCUAAUAGUGAAGCGACAGAUUGAGGAGGCGCAAUCCGUGCUGAGGAUCCUGGCUGAGCGGAACCGGCCCCAUGGGCAGAUGCUGGGAGAGGAGGCCCAGGAGGCCCUGCAGGACCUGGAGAACACCUGCCCUCUCCCUGCAACAUCCUCCUUUUCCUUCGCCUCCCUCCUCAACUACCGCAACAUCUGGAAAAAUCUGCUUAUCCUGGGCUUCACCAACUUUAUUGCCCAUGCCAUUCGCCACUGCUACCAGCCUGUGGGAGGAGGAGGGAGCCCAUCGGACUUCUACCUGUGCUCUCUGCUGGCCAGUGGCACAGCAGCCCUGGCUUGUGUCUUCCUGGGGGUUACCGUGGACCGAUUUGGCCGCCGGGGCAUCCUGCUACUCUCAAUGACCCUCACUGGCAUUGCGUCCCUGGUCCUGCUGGGCCUGUGGGAUUAUCUGAAUGAGGCUGCCAUCACCACCUUCUCUGUCCUUGGCCUCUUCUCCUCCCAAGCUGCUGGCAUCCUCAGUACCCUCCUCGCUGCUGAAGUCAUUCCUACCACUGUCCGGGGCCGAGGCCUGGGCCUGAUCAUGGCACUGGGAGCUCUUGGAGGGCUGAGUGGCCCAGCCCAGCGCCUCCACAUGGGUCACGGAGCCUUCCUGCAGCAUGUGGUGCUGGCGGCCUGUGCCCUCCUCUGCAUCCUCAGCAUCAUGCUUCUGCCGGAGACCAAGCGCAAACUCCUGCCCGAAGUGCUGCGGGAUGGGGAGCUGUGCCGCCGGCCUUCCCUGCUGCGGCAGCCACCCCCUAACCGCUGUGACCAUGUCCCACUGCUUGCCACCCCCAACCCUGCCCUCUGAGUGGCCUCUGAGCACCCUGGCAGGAGGCUGGCUUGUACGGAAAUAUGGUAUAAGGCCCUGGCGAACUGAUUGGGAGGACUGAGUGAGGAAGGCAGGGCUGUCCAGAAGGCUCAGAGGCACCUCAUGCCAGCCAUCGAGGAGAGCUCAGAGGGCUGUCCCCACCCCCAUCUCCUCCCUGCUGCUUUGUGUUCACUUCCUUGGCAAGAGUCAGGGGACAGGGAGCGAGCUCCACAGUGUAACCACUAGGUCUGGGCUCCAUCCUGUGCCCAAAGACAUCCUCCCAGACCUCGUUCUUUCUUGCUCUAUCAUUCUGUUUCAAUAAAGACAUUUUGAAUAAAUGAGCAUAUCAUA